GGAUAAAAAUGUCUGCAUCUGUCUUUGUGUGUUUUAGGUGCUGCUUCAGACAAAAGUGUGUGCGAUGGAAGUGAAGACCUGCAGAAGCUCCAGAGUCCGUACACAGACACAUCUCAGCUUAGAGUUACUAACAUGGUGUACAAGGCUGUUUAUGCAUUAGCUCAUGCCAUUCACAGUGCAGUGUGUCAGGAAACAAAUUUCACAACUCAAUGUGAAAAACUGACAAAACUAGAGUCCAAACAGAUUUUAACCCAUCUGAAGAAAGUAAAUUUUUCCCAGAAUGGUUAUGAUGUGUCAUUUGAUGCUAAUGGGGAUCCUGUGGCUACUUAUGAACUGGUUAACUGGCAGAAAAGUGAGACUGGAAAGCUUGAGAUGGUAACAGUGGGGCACUAUGACGCAUCGCUGCCGGUGGGUCAGGAGUUUCAUUUAAGCAGCAACAUAACCUGGAUGGAGGGUCGCACUCGAGUGCCUGUGUCGGUGUGCAGCGACAGUUGUCUUCCAGGAACUCGUAAAGUGCUGCAGAAAGGAAAACCCAGCUGUUGCUAUGAUUGUCUACCAUGUCCUGAAGGAGAGAUCAGUAAUCAGACAGAUUCCAAUGACUGCUUCCCUUGCCCCAGUGAAUUCUGGCCUAAUUCAGAGAGAAACACUUGUUUACUGAAGCCUGUGGAGUUUCUUUCUUACAAUGACAUCUUAGGAAUCAUCCUGGCUGCGUUCUCAGUUGGUGGCGCCUGUCUGGCCAUUAUAACAGCGGCUGUAUUCUUUAGUCACAGGGCAUCUCCUAUUGUCAGGGCUAACAACUCUGAGCUCAGCUUCCUGCUGCUCUUCUCCCUGACCCUCUGUUUCUUAUGUUCAUUAACUUUUAUCGGAGCCCCCUCUGACUGGUCCUGCAUGCUGCGACACACAGCGUUUGGCAUCACAUUUGUUCUCUGCAUCUCCUGUGUCCUGGGGAAAACUAUAGUGGUUUUAAUGGCCUUUAAAGCUACACUUCCAGGCAGUAAUGUGAUGAAAUGGUUUGGUCCUCCACAGCAAAGAAUGACCGUAGUGUCUUUCACGUUUAUCCAAGUCUUAAUAUGUACCAUUUGGUUGGUUCUUAGUCCUCCAUUCCCAAUGAAAAAUCUAAACACAUACAAGGAGAAAAUCAUCCUGGAAUGUGCAUUAGGUUCAGCUAUUGGGUUCUGGGCUGUACUUGGGUACAUCGGCCUGCUGGCUGCCUUUUGCUUCAUUUUAGCCGUCCUGGCCCGGAAAUUACCGGAUAAUUUUAACGAAGCCAAGCUCAUCACCUUCAGCAUGCUGAUAUUCUGUGCAGUCUGGAUCACAUUCAUCCCAGCGUAUGUCAGCUCUCCUGGGAAAUUAACUGUGGCUGUGGAGAUAUUUGCCAUGCUGGCCUCCAGUUUUGGGUUAAUAUUGUGUAUAUUUGCUCCAAAGUGUUUUAUCAUCUUGUUUCAGCCGGAGAAGAACACCAAGAAAAAUUUAAUGAACAAAAAUGAAUCCUAGUAAAUCAGAGGUUUGCAAAUAUCAACAGCUUACACUAAGUUAAUAUCAUGCAAACAAUGAAAUUCUAUAUUCUCAAUUGUUUGUUGAAUUAAAUGUUUAGUCUUUUACGCUAAAUAUUGGGCUACUUAUAUGUCUACUUGGAAUGCUAUUUUGACCUAAUGUCACACAAG